AUGCACCAACAAGGGGGUGAAGCGGCGCAACAUGGGCUAAGUGAGAUGUAUGCAGAUCUUACCUACUUAGCGUGGACGGCCUGUCCUCACCAGUUGUGCUGCCCCAGCAUAAUCUCCAUUUUUCCGAGUUUUGCUGGCUUAGCCAAAGUCUGCCCCAGGUCGUCACCACCACAGGCAGUCGCCGUUCUUGAGGAUAAGAGGGAGAUUUGUCACUACGGCCAGUUUGAUACCAAGACAGUGGAGAAUCCUGGCAGCGGUUUAGUCUUAGCUGGGCUUCCUGGUGCAAACGCGAAACUCAACUUAGGAAACGCUGCCGGGGAAUGA